AUGCCGACGAGGUGGAUCCGUGGCUCGCCCGACGAAUUUGAAUCGAGGUACCCAGACGCUUCGGAGAGGCCCUGGUUCGACGUGGGCCUCGUCAGACGCCUGAACGAGGUCGGCUACCCGUACUCCGUCAAGCUUCUAGGCGUGUUCGCGGACCACGAGAGCACCUACGUGGUCAGCUCGCUGGCGUCCGAGGGAGACCUCUUCGCUUGGUGCGACUGCGACCCGAAGCCUGGCCUGAAAAGGGAGGCGGCGAUGUACCCUCUCGUGCACCAGAUCUUCACGGCGGUGCGGUGGCUACACGACCUCGGCGUUGCCCAUCGAGACCUGUCUCUGGAGAAUCUGCUGCUCCACAAUGAGAACGGCGGCCUGGCGAUCAAGAUAAUAGAUUUCGGGAUGGCCACGUUGGACAGGUCGGCGACGGCGGAAAUCAGGGGGAAGCAGUCGUACCAGGCCCCAGAGAUCCACCUGCCGGAGCCCUUCGACACCAUCAUGACAGACCCGUUUUCCCUUGGUGUGGUGCUGUUCGCGAUGGGUUCGCAGGAUUACCCGUGGAGUUCUACCAAGCGGAAAACAUGCGAGCUCUUCGAGUAUGUCUGCAUGUUCGGUUUCACGAAGUUUCUCAGCAAGCGCAAGCUGCGCAAGGGCGGCGGCGAAAGCUUGGCCGAGGUAUUCUCCCCAAAUUUCACGGCGCUGCUGGUGGGCCUCCUUGCCAAGGAUGACGAUGCACAGAAGCGAUUGACUCUCGGCGAGAAGUGUUUUGAGACGCCCGAGAAUGGCAGUGAACGGCGGAGUAGCGUCUGGGACUGCAAGUGGAUGCAACAGCCUCUGGUCACAACGACGGAGGGUGGAGCGUGUACGGCAUGUGCAGCGGGUUGUACCUGA